AUGGUUAACCUCCGCAACACCUUUGCGUGCCUUCUCGGCGCCCUUCUCGCUCCUUCAGUCGUUCUCGCAGCGGACAGUGAAGCAUGGAAGACAAGAUCCAUCUACUUUGUUCUUACGGACAGAUUUGCCAAGACCUCCAGUUCCAGCACCACCGCCUGCAGCAGUCUGAGCUCUUACUGCGGCGGUACCUGGAAGGGGAUGGAGCAGAGACUCGACUACAUCAAGGGACUCGGAUUUGAUGCCAUCUGGAUCACUCCUAUCGUUGCCAACACUGAUGGCGGAUACCACGGCUACUGGGCAAAGGACCUCUACUCGGUCAACACCAACUAUGGUUCUGCCGCUGACCUGACCUCACUGAUCACGGCUGCGCACAACAAGGGGAUGUACAUCAUGGUUGACAUUGUCGCCAACCACAUGGGUGCUGGAGACGUCACCACAUUCAACCCCUUCAACAACGAUGGCUACUACCACACAAACUGUGACAUCACCGAUUACAGCAACCAAGCCAAUGUCGAGUACUGCCGUAUCGCCGGUCUCCCUGAUAUCAAGACUGAGGACUCCAAUGUGCGCUCAAUCUUCCAGUCAUGGAUCAAGAACUUGGUCUCGACCUACCAGAUCGAUGGGCUCCGUCUUGACACCGUCAAGCACGUCGAGAAGGACUUUUGGUCAGGAUUCACCAGCGCUGCUGGUGUCUUCAGCAUCGGGGAAGUCUACCAGGGUGACCCCGCAUAUGUAGGACCUUACCAGAACUACAUGUCCUCGCUCGUCAACUUCCCCAUGUACUAUGUCAUCACAGAUGCCUACGCCCGCAAGGCCAGCUUCCAGCCCCUCGUCGACCAGCACAACAGCGUCAGUAACAACUUCGCCCGUCCCGAGCUUCUCGGAAUGUUCAUCGACAACCACGAUGUGCAGCGCUUCCUGAGUAUCAACUCUGACUGGACUCUCCUCAAGAACGCCCUUGCCUUCACCAUGCUUUCCCGUGGUAUCCCCAUUCUCUAUGGUGGUACCGAGCAGGCAUACACUGGUGGAAACGACCCAGCGAACCGUGAGGAUCUCUGGAGGAGUGGAUACAGCACCACCCACGACUUGUACACCUUCACCGCGAAGCUCAUGGCCGCGAAGAAGGCUGCUGGUGGUCUUGGAGCGAACGAUCACGUCCAUCUGUAUGUUACUGCAAACGCAUACGCUUUCAGCCGUGCCGGCGGGAAAGUCGUUGUUUUGACCACCAACAACGGAAGUGGCACCAGCGGCCAGCACUGUUUCAACACCGGCGUCGCCAGCGGAACUGUCUUCACCAGUGCUUUGGGAACUGCGACUUACACUGCUGGCUCCAGCGGAAACAUUUGUGUCAACGUGUCGAAUGGACAGCCGGAGGUUCUUGUCUCGGGGGUUACUCUCACGACUACCACGACGGCGGCUUCGACACCGACAACGACGGCCGGUACCUGCGUUACUGUCACGGCAACCGUUUAUCAGUAG